AUGUCAAACAUGUACAUUAUCUUGUUGAUAUCGAUAUUAACAUUUGUAGAAAGUAAGAUUUACGAUUCGUGUGAAUUGGCUAAGGAACUGGUACAUAAACAUGAUUUCUCUAAACAAGAUGUUGCUAACUGGAUAUGUUUAGUCAAACAUGAAAGUGAGUUUAACACAACAGCGAAAGGCGGUCCUAACGGUUACGAUAACAGUUAUGAUCAUGGACUUUUUCAAAUUAAUGAUCAUUAUUGGUGUGCUCCGCCUGAGGAAAUUAACGAAUGCAAUAUGAGAUGCGAUGAUUUAAGAAACGAUGAUAUAACAGAUGAUGUAAAAUGCGUCAGAAAGAUCUUCGAUAUACAUGGUUUCUCUGCUUGGACUGCUUGGAAAAAUCAUUGUAAUGGAAAAGAUUUAAGUAGUUAUAUGAAAGACUGUCAGAUCUAA